UCUGUUCUGUGUCAUGUGACCUCUCUGCAGGCUUCCUGCCUCCCAUCACGCAGCCCGAGAAGUUCUUCCUGUCGCAGCUGAUGUUGGCGCCGCCCAGAGAUCUCUUCAAGAAGACGCCGAGACAGGUGUCCUGCAUGGACGUCGGCAACAUGCCGCAGGCCAUCGAUAUCAGCGGGCUGCAGCUGGCGUUAGCAGAGCGUCAGUCGGAGCUGCCCACUCAGAGCAAAGCCAGCUUCCCGAGCAUCCUGAACGACCCCGACCCAGACUCCUCCAACUCCGGAUUCGACAGCUCCGUGGCCAAUCAGAUCAUAGAGUCUCUGGUCACGGGGCCCCGCCCUCCUCUGGAGAGUCACUUCCGCCCCGAGUUCAUCCGCCCGCCGCCGCCGCUCCACGUGUGCGAGGACGAGCUGGCGUGGCUGAACCCCACCGAGCCGGACCACAGCGUCCAAUGGGAUCGCUCCAUGUGUGUGAAGAACAGCACUGGUGUGGAGAUCAAACGCAUCAUGUCCAAGGCCUUCAAGAGCUCGCUGUCCGCCCAGCAGCAGUCACAGGUGAGCGCGGGUCACAG